GGUCGACUGAAGCAAAAUGCAGUGGGAGCGUUGAAGGUGCUCUGCAGACAAAUGCUUUUUGGAUGUAUGCAGGAAAGGGAAAGAGGAACCAAAAGAAAGCUGAAAGAAAGAAGAAAGAAGAGGGAGGUGUAGACUUCCCUUAGUCAUCUUCCACCCCUCUUUUCUGCGGUGUCUUGGAGAACUGCGACGAAGGAUGCAACCGCAGCUUUACUUGAAGUCAGGCAGCCAUGCAGUUUUGUGUGCUACCUAAGGCAGACAAAACCGGGCUGCGUUUUUGAAACUCACUUCCUUGUCUUGUUGAGAGAUGUUACUAACUAGCGCCAGUGCAGUUUGCUUCAGUAUAGGUGUUUCAGCCACCCGUUUUAAUGUAAGUCCAUAGCAACAAUACAGCCAAAAUAAGUAAAUUUUUUUCCGAAAGAAAAUGUAGUCGCAAUAGGUGUUUUUCCUUCAUCUAAUGUCUCCCCAAAUGCCGAUUGGUUAUGUUAUUUUGCUAUUUGGACCAGACGGUAAUAUUUUUUGGACGAAUCGGGGGAAGUUUGCAUCACUACCAAGUCACUGUGUCUCACGUGGUUAGUUGGAUGACCGGACUUCAUGUCCCUACUGUGCAGUCUCUGGUUCCAAUUUGUACAACAUGGCGGUGCCCACAAACUACACUUCCCAGGCUUCAAAAUGCUUUUCACCGAGCCCGUGACGAUUCAGCGUGUGACGUCACAGUGACUUAGUCCGUAUUUUUCUACAGUCAAUGGCGCCACCUCAACUGUGCUAAAGUGCCUUUUUGAUAGCGGAAGAGGGGGAAACGAGGGAAACGUUCUCUUUUUAAUCGUCUCAGUGAAAAGGGGGGAGCACCUUUCGCGAUGUACCACGUGGUACCGGGAGGCGCCGAUGGUGCCAUGGUGGGCGCCGUGACGCACCACCACGAGCACUCGCACCUGCACCGCAAGCACAAGAUGGGGAAGGAGGGGAGGCAGAUGAUGUUCGCGAUCCUGUUGGGAGUGAUGCUGGUCAUCACGGCCGUGGCCGCCUGGUGCUACUACAGCAGCUCCCUCCGCAAGGCCGACUUGCUGAAGACGGAGCUGCUGGACCUCAGCAAGGACGGCUUCGUCAUCCGCGGCCAGGCCGGGGCCAUCGUCUUCCGCAUGGCCUUCAGGUCCGGAAGCCUGGAUCUGGAAUCGUGCUCAAAGGAGGGGACGAUCCUGAGCUGCGAUCGCUCGGACACGCGGAAGCUCAACUUCUUCAUCCAGACGGUGAGGCCCAAGGACACAGUCAUGUGCUACCGCGUGCGCUGGGAGGAGCUGGAGUCCGACCAGCCCGUGGAGCACGCCAUGUCUUACAACGGCUCGCACUGGUACGGGGGGGCGGAGUCCAGCGCCCAGCGGUGGCCCAUAUCCAUGACGGGAAUCCAGACGCCCAAGCCCUUCAUCACCAGCGACGUCUACGCCAACCGUCGCGACUUCGGCGGCAUCCUCGAGCGCUACUGGCUCUCGUCCAACGCCACCGCCAUCAAGAUCAACGACUCGGUGCCCUUUCACCUGGGCUGGGACGAGGACCAGAUGAUCAUGCGCUUCCAGGCCCGGUACCAGGAGAGCCUGUACAAGCCGGAGCCGGGCCAGCCGGCCCGCGCCGAGCUCAGCUACCGCGUGUGCGUGGGCUCCGACGUCACCUCCAUCCACAAGUACAUGGUCCGCCGGUACUUCAACAAGCCCAACAAAGUGCCCUCCGAAGCGGUGUUCCGCCACCCAAUCUGGUCCACCUGGGCCGUGCACAAGACCUCGGUGGACCAGGAGAAGCUCCUGGCCUACGCAGCCAACAUCCGCAAGUACGGCUUCAACUGCAGCCACCUGGAGCUGGAUGACCGCUACACCACCGGCUACGGUGAGUUCGAGUUCGACCCCGUUAAGUUCCCCAACACCUCGGACAUGUUCCGGACGCUGGAGGCCGACAGGUUCCUCGUUUCUCUCUGGACGCACCCCUUUGUCAACUACAACUCGGCUAACUUUGGCACGUGCAUGAAGAAGGGUUUCUUGGUUCGACAGCCAGAGGGGGACCUGCCGGCACUGGUCCACUGGUGGAACGGCGUUGCCGGUAUCCUCGACUUCACCAACCCGGGCGCCCGUGAAUGGUACGCCUCCCACCUUCGAGCCCUCAAAGCCAAGUACCCUGGCGUCGUCUCCUUCAAGUUUGACGCGGGCGAGACCAGCUACCUCCCCCAGCAGUUCAGCACCCUGGUGCCCCUGCGCGACCCCAGCCUCUACACCCGCCGUUACUCAGAGAUGGCCAUCCCCUUCAGGGAGCGGGCUGAGCUCCGCGUCGGCUACCAGUCACAGAACAUCUCCUGCUUUUUCCGCAUCAUGGACCGCGACUCGGUCUGGGGCUACGAGCUCGGCCUGAAGUCCAUCAUCCCCACGGUCCUCACCAUCAGCAUCCUCGGGUACCAGUUCGUCCUGCCGGACAUGAUCGGCGGAAACGUCUAUCCCAACAGGACUUACGGCGGCCAGCAGUUGCCCGACCGCGAGCUCUACAUCCGCUGGCUGGAGCUGUCGGCCUUCAUGCCCGCCAUGCGCUUCUCCAUCCCGCCCUGGGAGUACGACGACGAGGUGGUGGCCAUCGCCAAGAAGUUCACCAAGCUCCACGAGACCCUGGUGGCCCCCCGGGUGCUGGAGCUGGCCGCCGAGGUCCUGGACACGGGCGACCCCAUCAUACGGCCCCUGUGGUGGAUCGCCACCGACGACGAGGCGGCCUACAAGAUCGACUCCCAGUUCCUGAUCGGCGACGACCUCAUGGUGGCCCCCGUGCUGGAGCCCGGAAAGCAGGAGAGGGACAUCUACCUCCCGGCAGGGCGGUGGAGGAGCUACAGGGGCGAAUACUACGACAAAGGCCCCAUGCACCUCACCGACUACCACGUGGACCUCAACGACAUCGCUUACUUUGUGUGGGUGCAGUAAAACAUUAACGCUGCAAAUCGGACUCUGUUGUCUCGCCCACAUUUGAGCAGCAAUGUGUUUAGUAUUGACCAGCUAUUUAUUUCACCGACCUGGACGUAACUGCCCGGGUCAAAGAGUUUCAUCAUCAGCCAUUACAUUGGUGCUCAUUGAGAGAACGUAUUCCUGAGAGAGCUGCAUCCAUCCCUUACAAUUUAACCCCUCCUGCGACUUUGCCGUCCUAAUGUUCCCACGCCACAUUUGUGCAAUCUCCAGCAUACCUCUUGCUAAGUGCAUUUCACUGACUCCCCACGCAGACCGAAGGGCAUGCAGUUGAUUUGAAAAUGUCUUCCGAGUGCUGCUAGGAUGAGUGCGGAGCUUCAGGAACCAAGGGGCCUCUUGCAUUAUCAAUUUCAAAGCGUGUGCCUUGAACUCAUCAGAGAAACGGAUUUGUAAAAACGUAUCACGCACAAUUUAAGCACAGAUAGGUGUCCGCUAGAUUGACAACAAUGCACAUAUCAUGAUUAUUGAACACUUUUGACAGCAUGGGUUGGGUUUUGGUGCACAUGAAAGGGGAGGUCAUUUUGAAAUUCAAGUUGGGUUUUUUGUUUUGUGCUCUUAUGAGUUUUAAGCAUGUUGACUAAGCUUUCAGGUUUUUUUACGUUUGUUUGGUUGUGGUCUUAAAUGUGAAUAGCGGUAGGUGAUUAUGUUGAGGUUAAAUUUCAAAGGAUUAAAAAAGGGAUGGUGUGAAUUUGAACCCAACAUAGAUAUAAUCAGAAAAUGGAGAGCUAUAGAUUUAUUCUAUUUUUGUUUACAUCUAUUUUUUUUUUUUUUUUCAGUUUUUAGUUCCUGUUUCAAUUGAACAACCUUAGGCAUCCACUUUGGCACAAUUUAAGAUGUAGGUUUUUAAAAUUACCUCGUAUUCAUAAGCUGUUUUUUUCUUUCAAGCCAGAACAAUCAGCGAAUUGCUACUAAGCAAAACUACGAAGAGCUGCAAGGUUCCAGUCCACAUGUGCAGCAGGUGGUUGCAUUCAUACGAGUCAGCCACAAAAAAAAAUAAACUGCGUGCGUGGUUUCAUGAGUUUCUUGGAAGCCAGCUUUUAAGCGGUGGAUGAUAACGUAACCGCAUGGUGAAAGUAUGCUGGUAAAGUUGCAGUGACGGCUUAUCAGACUUGUUCGCCUCGCUAUAACGCACGAGCAAAGCAUCAGUUCAGCCGAAAACCGAGGCAGCAAGAGCUGUAGGGUGAGGUUGUGCCGUUUUAAAGGAUAAACGUAUCUUAUCCCUUUUAAGUGGGCAAUUAGGCAAGGGAAUGCGCGCCUGGAACUUUGAGCACGCCAACAACCUUUCCCCCCCCCCCCCCCCCCCCCCAUUUCUCUCACCCUCGGCGUCCUGCCUCGUGACCUUUGAAAGACAGAGUUAUCAGUGUGCCCCGCUGAGACUAGCCUCGUGGCUUGCUUGGCUUCCGUCCCAGUAUCUCCUUCUCGUAAACAACCGGACAAAAUGGAUGGAAGGACGAAGAGAAUCAAUUCGUGCAAAUAGCAUCUAAGUUGUAGGUCGCGCUAGAAGUAAGUCACCCUUGGGGGGGGCGUAAACCUUUAGCAUAACGGGUUAGAAUUAGGCGAAUGCAGUAGCUACAGUGUGAUAUGGGAUAUGUUAGCUUUCGAUAGCAGAUUUAUUGCAAUAGUGUUUAAUGUGUAGUAUUUUCAUGGCUCAGAUCAAGCACAAAUUGUUGCCUUUGCUUGGUAAAUUGCAAUGAUCAAAUUCAAAAUGUGCAUUAUUACAUUUUUUUUUCGAGUAGAUGGCUGUUUUAAAGGCACUUAAAAGUAAAACUUUAUUUUCAUAAAGACAUGCAAAAGAAAAAAACAACAUGCAUUUUAGAUUAGAUUUUGUAUGGUCAUUGGUUGAAUAUGAGACUUGGUGUGUAUGCACUCAGAUUCAGAUGAUGUGUGAGAAUUAUGAGAGGUGGUUCUUAUUCUGCUGCAUUGCUGUGACCUAAAUGUCACUGGAAUUACUGAAGGGAGUUUUUAUUUUAUUUUUAACCAUUUAAUCUGAAGCGUGAGGGUCCAGCCUGCCAGGCUCUACACUCUAUCUGUGGACAUCCUCUCGCACCAGAGCCACACAUUUCGCACUUCUCAUUUCUGUAAUACGAAGCCCGUGAACCACCGAGCCACCCUGAAGGCCGUGUGUGAAUGCGUGCCUGCGCAUGCGUGCACAUGUAUAGUGUGCAUGUCAUUUCUUGCGUGUGUGUUUGUGUGUGCGUGUUCUUGUACAGCAUCGAUUGCUUCCUGCGUGCAUGCAUCUGGGUGUAGAUGAAUAGCCUGCAUGAAUGCAUGCGUGUGCGGAUGCUGCCCUCCUGCAUGCCUGAAUGUCUGUCUCUGUGUGUGUGUGUGUGCGCGCGCGCGCGCGUGUGCAAAUGUGUGCUCAUGCAUGUGUACAUGUGUGUGUCUGUCUCCAUGUCCCUGUAUGCUUGGGGUGUUUGCCUGCCUGCCUGUGUGCGUGCGUGCAUGCGUGUGACAUUUAACAGUUGGGUACACGACUCACAGGAGCUGUGUAGACAGCUGACUUUACUGUGCAAUGAAUGUGAGGGGAAAGAAGUACAAAGGUUACAGUUUAGAUAACAGGGCGAAGUGGAGGCUGGGACUUGGUCUUUCAUAUCAAAGCAAUCUUGGCUUAGACUUCAGAAGUUAUGUUCUUUUUUGGGCAUGUCCAUUGUGUGGGGUUUGCAUUCUUACUACCUACAAAAUAGGCCUGUAUUUUGCAGUGUAAUAUAAUGGCACAAACUAGUGGUUAGCCAUGGACCAUGAAAUAAACUUAUUAUUAUUCUUAUUAUUAUUCUUCUUAUUAUUAUCACUAAUGUGCACCACAACCUGCUAUCUAGAAUGACAUUUUCCCUGUUAAUAGUACAAUUUUACAUUUAAGCACAACUGCAUAAAAGCUUGAUUUGAAUGUGGGUAGCAACUGCUCGUAACUCUUUAUUGUAGUAUAAUGCAGAAAGUUUGUGUAUCAAGUAACAUAAGCAAAGUAAUUCCAUCCGGCCAAUGUGGUCUUGUUCUUCACACCAGCAGAGGGCGACCUGUCCCCUGUGGCUGAAGCGCUCUAAUUAAAGCUCUCUAAUUGUGAUGUCACCAGGGAUGUCCAGACAGAGCUUGCCCUCGAAGAGCUUGAACCUGGUGCAUCUCAGAAUUAGUUUUCCUGCACACAGUUGUUACAUCCGUAGCUCCAGUAUGGGAAUACAUAUGUGGCUAUCUCACAGGUUAUCACAAGCUUGAAAUGUAUCCAGAAGUAAUGGAAGUCCAAACGGCAACCACGGCAUCGACAAAACUCAGAAACGCUGCCAUUUCUUUGAUGCCAGCAAUGUGCACAGUGUCUACUCUGAUUACAGACUGAAAAGCCAUGGAGAUGCAUGCAAUAUUUAAUUUGAGGCAGUCUUUCUGUCGUUGCUUCUCUAUUGGGGGUGGGGGAGUUGUCAGAUGAAUUAUGUUUUAGCUGUGGCUGUGGCCUUUAGCUUGGGUUGCACGGAACACUGAGAAUCACGAAUGCUGUUGACUCUGUGCCAAACUCUGCAGUAGAUCGAGCCACUUGCGAAUUUGUCUGUUUUCUCUGCACCAGUCGUGUUCCAGAACCUGGGGGAAGGGGGGGGAAGAAAAUGAUUUUAUUUCUGUUUUCUUCAGAUCCAUUCCAUUUAUGGGCCUCUGCUAUUUUUUCACAGGCUUAUGCUCAUGAGUCAGAAGCUAUCGCUGCCUUUAAGAAAAAUGUAGCUUAUAAGCUCUUGAGAAUAAUGUCUUGGUUUUGUUGAAAAUGAAAAAAAUGAUGCCUAUCGGAUCUUGUUAGCAAAGCCUUAAUUGUGGGUUUGUUUUCCUUUUUUUUUUUUUUUUUUUUUUUUACUUUACUGUUUUUGGUCUGAAAUCACAACAUAUUUUUCCUAAAUUUUGACUAAAAUUCAGGUUGGCUUUGUUUUUUCAUCGCUAAAAUUUCACAGACAAGGUGUGGACCUUUGUUUCAAUGAAAUCAAGCUUCAUUCUGCAUGAAUUUUUAAGUCAUUUUUACUCAUUUGAAAUGUCAGUUUAAAAUGGGUGAAACAUGAGCAGUUUUAAACAGGACAACACACUGGUGACUUGCACACCAGCCUGUUUAAAGGUGCAGCUUUAUUGGGAGAAUGCAGUAUGUUGGUAAAUGUUAAUGUUUUGUAUAAUCAGGCCAUUUGAAUAAUCUUCCUUUGGGUGUCUUGCUGGAACUUUCUGUUUAGUUUGAAGAUGGAGGUUGGGUAAAACAAGUACUUUCAGGCAGGGUAUUAAUAUAUUUGAUAUAUCAUAGGUAAUACUUUGUGUAGCUGCAGUAAUUUCACUGUACUGUCUCACAGAUUGCCAGGUUUGCCCCUAACCUUCCAUUUCUUCCUGUCUGCUGAACUGUAGCAUUAUAAAUAGUAGCACGUAGAGGCAACCCCUGACAUUUUCACCAUGAGCAGAACAUAGAAAGUCAGGAGAGGGUUAAUGCAUGAAUAACUUCUCAUUUUUCACAACUGAAACUGAUUCUCAGGUCCAGCUUGCAUUUGUACUGAUUUGGUUCUGUCUUCUGAAGCUGCUUUUAGCAGGCUUCAGAAAAAGAAAAGGGGGAAAAAAUCAAAGUGCUUCUGAUAGGAGCCUUAAUUAUCAGUCACCCACAAUGAAACACAACUACUGUUUUUCGUGCAUUUGUGAUCUUACGGGUCAAAGCUUUCGUUCUUCAGCUGGGGCUGAUCUUUUUCAAUGCAUUCACUCAUAAAUUCUGCACAAUUAAAGAAAUUGAUGUAUU